UUCAGGAAACACAUCCUGUUAACGUUUGACUGCUGUGGCAGUGGCUCUGUUUGUUGCGGGCGGCUACGCCCUGAGGCUCACCAAAAACAGCCACAAAAACAGCCAUUUCCUCUCAGCGGAGGAGGGGGGGGGACCCUUUUCCUCACAGCAGCCUCUGCUCUCCAGUCCCUGCCACUUGCGGCUCUGACGCUCAGAGAGGGACGCAGCAGAGCACAUUCCUCAAGAGACUCCGAGCUCCUCUGGGAUGAAACCCUCCGCGCGGAGCUGGGCCGGCCUUUGAGGAUGACGGUCCUCAGCGCUGCCGGGAUAUUCUGAAGGCCGUGUCGAGGAAGGCUUUGGGCGCUGUGCCGUCGGAGCCCCCCGCUGCCGAGUGCGCCUCCCGCUCUCGCCCCAGCGCCGGCGGCUCCGGCUCUCCGACCUCAACCCCGGAGUCUUGCUGGAUUCACCGCGUCUCUCAAGGAAUGGACCUCCCCAUCUUGCAGUUCGCCACAGGACUGACGUUGCUUAUCAAAGUGCAAGAAGGUGGAUAAGCCACGCUGCGAAGGGCAGAGAGACCCGCAAAAGCUUCUCUGCGUUCGUGUUUUAUGGAAUUCUCCUACCUACCUCGCAACACUCUCACCUGCUUGAGCAGAAACGCCUCCGGAGUCGCCUUCGAGAAUGAACGGUGAUGUCCUCUAGCCAUUCAUAACACCGUGUCGAAGCCGCCUCCGUGACAAGCCCAAUUUCAAUGUGCUGCAGCUGACUGAGACCUCGCGUCUUCUGCGAACAAGAUACCGGCAGCAAGCUGACAGUCAGAUAUGACUGUCCAGAAACUGGUAGCCACAGCUGUGUUGGUAGCCCUGGUCUCGCUUAUUCUCAACAACGCAGCUGCCUUUACUCCCAACUGGGUGUACCAGACGCUGGAGGAUGGGCGCAAGCGGAGCGUGGGGCUCUGGAAGAUGUGCUGGCUGGCAGAAAGGGGCCGAGGAGGCACAGGCAGCAGGCACGGGCAAGGGGAGGAGCGCGAGUGUGAAGGCCUGGGCUGGGGUUCGGAGUCAGCUGGCUUCCAGGAGUCUCGCAGCACUGUCAAACUGCAGUUCGACAUGAUGCGCGCCUGUAACCUCAUUGCCACUGUUGCUCUGACUGCUGGUCAGCUCAUCUUCGUCCUGGGCCUGAUGGAACUACCCAUCAUUUCUCAGGACACCCAAUGGUGGGAGGAGGCCAUAGCUGCCGUGUUCCAGCUUGCUAGUUUUGUUCUGGUUAUUGGAUUGGUGACUUUCUACCGCAUCGGACCAUACACCAACCUCUCAUGGUCUUGCUACCUGAACAUCGGAGCGUGUCUUUUGGCCACGCUGGCAGCUGCCAUCCUCAUAUGGAACAUCCUUCACAGGCGAGAGGACUGUAUGGCACCCCGGGUCAUAGUUAUUAGUCGCACCCUGACCGCUCGAUUCCGCCGCGGCCUGGAAAAUGACUACGUUGAGUCACCGUGCUGAAAGCAUGGACUUGAAAGGGGAAGAGAUUUCCAAGGAGAUCUGCACUGGAGUUGUUUUCUAUAAAUAUAGUCUGUAAUUUAAAACUAAGGGUUGAAGGACAUCAUAAAGCUCACUCUUGUGGGCAGAGGCCCUCAAUUAUUAUUUGGAUGGGCUCCAUCUAUAUACAUAAUGCACAUAAUUUUAUAUAUAUAUAUAUAUAUAUAUAUAUUAUAUUAUAUUAUAUUGCCCUUCCCCUCUGCUGUACAGCACAGAAUAUUGGAUUGUCAGAAUCCUGAAAGAACUUCACAGCUAUAUGUAAGUGGGGUUCAGCUGUAGCAGACAUAGAGUGUAUGUGGUGAUAUUACAGAAAAAAAAGCAACCACACACAUUCUCUUUCUGUCUGGAUAAAGUUUUCCUGCUCCCUAACGAUGAUGCAAAAAAGCUAUAAGAGACCACUGAUAGUCAUUCUUCCUUUAGAGUUAACGAACAGGCAAUCUGAGAAAGUAGAAAACUCACUGUACAAGUGAUGAUUUCUAGCAAGAGUUUAAAUUUCAUUUAUCUUUAGUCCCUUCAUCUCAUCCAUCCAUUCCUCUUCAAGGAAUUUCUAAUUAGUUGCAACUCCUGCUUCCAAGUUAAAGCAUGAUCCACACAGUGUAAACAAAAAGUGCAAUUCCAACCAUUCUAAUUGUAAAGUAAGGGAAUGCAGAACACUUCUUUUGUAUCCUAAAACUAAGGUUUGGGAUUAUCUUGUUGGUAUGAAGACAUGCCAUUAACCAUGAAAAGGGUACCCAGCUAGAACAGGCCACAUGUGGUGCUGAAAAUCUACUUCAGUGUUAUGAUGUGACAAGAAGGCUACCUGGACUCCCUAAUAAUUCCUGUUACUAUUAACUCACUUUACUGGAAAGGAUUACUAAGAACACAUACUUCAGCCCAAAUGAUUUUUGUCCCAGUUUGUGUUCAUAUUUGCCAUAACAUUUCCAGAUCAAAGUCCUAUGUCAGGAUACCCAGUUCUGCCCAUCAGUGGUUACACAGACCCGCACAUUGGAUACUGGAGACUGACUACCACUGAAGCACCCGAACUGGACAACUAGACAAAUAUACAAGACUUAGCCACGAGAGAAAAAGAUAUGCCUGGUACCUUAACCUGGUAGUGAAAUGAAAAUAAUUAGCACCCUUGAAAUUAGGCAGAAUGUUUAUAAGCUUGACUCCGAUAAGCACAAGGGCUUACUAAACUCAUGUGCAUGUGACUUUCAGGAAGAAAACCAUUAGGUCAAAAACUAUUAUAUGAAAAUAUGUAAAACACAGGAACUAGAGGCAAUGACAGAUGUUUGAAAACUCUUAAGGAUGCUACUUUGAGUUAUCAAUCGGUUUGAAGGACCAUGAUCUGUGAAUGUUACAAAUUCUUUAGGAUUGCUGUGUUGCUCUCCGUUGAGUUUGCUGUUUUUCUUCUUUAUCAUUAUUUCCACCAUACUUCGCUACACUUUGAUAAAAAGUGAUCAUCAAGCUGGCUCUUGAGUUCUGUUCUGCACCCAGUUCUGAUGUAGUAAGAAACUCAACCCCAAUUGCCACUCUGCACCAUGUUCAAAGUGAGCAACACUCUGCGAAGACUGAUGCUCUAGAACAAGUGUUUUGUUCUGGAUUAUCAGGAUACAGUACCAUAAAGCUGACAAAGAGUUUCUUCUAACAGUAGGUUUGUAAAAACCAACUAAGAUUUGUAUUCGUUUGUCUGCAUUAUUUUCUGGAAAAGCUGUAUGUUUUCUAGAAAUAACAUGUUAUAAUUAAUUGCAGGGUUUUUAAAAAGUAAGAUAUUGGAAUAUUUAAAAGACAUUAUAUUAUUUCUUCUAAUAUUGCAAUAUCCAUAUUAUAAUAAUGUACAUUUAAAUUUAAAAAUCAGCUAUAUGGUCGGUAAAUUCGUAAUACUUGGUAUUACUGUGAUUACUUUAGAUGUAUAAAUAAAGUUGUGAAUGUUCA